AUGUCAGUUUUUAGUGAGUUACUACCUAAAAUCUUUGAGAUAUCUAAAUCUAUCACAACAAAUUUCAAUGAUGAUCUUAAGGUAGCGUUUGAUUGUCUUGAUAAGUUUGAAGAAGAUUUUCUAAAUACUAAGGGGAUAGCGCGGGAGAAGGAGAAGACUAACCCGACACUCCAGAGUAUUAACGAAGAUGAUGCGGAAGCAAACAAAACUCCAGAUGAUAAACCAAUGCCGCAAUCAAGUAAUAAUGAAACUGCAAAUAUUGUGGAAAAAAUAAGCCCAAAAGUCAAUGAGACUGAAAGGGCAUCAAAGAAACGCAGCAAGAAUGAAGUUGAUGAUAUGUCAAGUCCAGAACAAGAGAAGAGACUUAAAAGGAAUGCUUCUGUGAAAGCAAAAAAUAUCAUUAGUCGACAGGUGAAUUUAAAUCUGACGCAAAAGCUUCGUCGUGAAGACUCCAUAGAGAAGGGACAGUUGAAGUCGAGCCGUCGCGGCAAAAAUGACGAUAAAGAGAACACGGAGCCAAUACCUCUAGUUAAAGUAAAACAAGAGAAAAUUUCAUUGCCUGAGCCAGUGAACCUGGAAAACUUGGCAAUAAUGACUGAAAUCAAACAAGAAUUGAAUAAAGAUGAAAUUGCUAUGCCGCCUCCAUCGGCACCUGUACCAAAGCCCAGGAGAGUUAUUCCUAAAGAAAAACCAGAAGAACCAGUAGAGGAGGAAACAGGAAAACAGAGGACUACUAGAACCAGAAAACAGAAUGAUACACAGCCUGCCCCGCCUGUUGCAUCGUCUCGCGAGACUCGUGCAAAUUCUCGCGCCAGUUCACGCGCCAGUUCACGCGCUGCUAAGCAAUCGGAAACUGAGGAUGAAGAAGUGCCCAAGGAAACCAGACCAAAACGGACACGCGGCAAGAAGAUAAUAUCAGAAACCUGUACGGAAAAUGGUAAAGACUCCCAAAGUUCACAAGACAGUGCAAUUGGAUCUCCCACCGAAAAGUCAAGGCCGAAGAGGACGAGAAGAGCUCAGAAAGCCGCUGAAAAAGAAGCCGAGAAGGAGGAUGCACAACCUAAAGCACCAGAAACUAUAUCGCCUAAUAAAGAAACAUUAUCCCAACCAGAAGUACAAUCGCCAAUACUUCAAAAGAAAACAAAACUUAACACUAAGACAGCAGCUAUGAAAUUACCAAAUGAAAAAACUAACAAAUCGAAAAAAGCUAAUGACAAAGAAGACUGUAAUUCUGAAGUGACAAAGCCUAAUUUAGAUCAACAAAAUAUGGAAGAUACGGACGGUAAAGACGUUUUGGACGCGACACUAGUAAUAGAGGCACCGAAGUUAAACGCAACUGUCACUUUAAACAGUGAUUUUGAUAAGACUGUUGUUUUGUCGAACGCAGCGUACAAUCAUGUACCCCUCACACCGAAAAAUGUGAAUAAUAUGAAUCAAACUGUCGUGAUCGAACCCUUCAACCGCGAGACUAUGGUACAGGACAAACCGAAGAACGUAGCUAUGGACGCUACUGUUGUACUUGAAAGACUACCACUAACAACAAAUGUGACGGACGACAAUUCUCUCUUAACGGACGAUAGUGAUACGCCAGACGUUCAUACACCACCCAAAAAAGGCAUUCCUGCAGCCCAACCUAGUUCGGCCGUUAAAGAAAAAGUACAGCAGUUUGAAGAGUUGGCGUCGAGGACAACGAGAACAAAGACCAGGGCAAUUGCUAAAAAGGUUGAUCCAGUAGAAAAUCAUACGCCUCCUGACAAAGUUUCGAAGGUUAUUUUGUCUGCAGAAAAUUUGAGCAAAAUGAAUAAUUUGAUCUUCAAUGGGAGAGCACCACAGAUAUCAAGCUCAGCGUCAAAACCAACAUCGAAUAUUCCCACAAUGAAAUCGAACUUAUCUUCGUCGACCUCGAAGCUGAGCAGCAUUAACAAGGCCAGGGAAGCUGCAGAGGAGAGGCAAAAGAAAGAGAAAGAAGAUGCCAGGCGGAAGAAAGAGGCUAUGUUAGAGGCAAAGAGGGAAUUACAACGAAGAAAAAGAGAAGAGAAAAUGGCAGCGGCUGCAGCAGCGAGGGAAGCAGCGGAGAGAGAAAGACGAGCAGCCAUGGAAGCUGCAGCCAAGGAGCGCAAGGAAAAACAAGCACAUGCAGAUCAGGGCAAGCUGGAACGACUUAAGGAAGCUGAACGGAAAAAGUUAGAGCUCGCUCGUAAAGUAGCUGAAACAGAAGAGCGGCGUAAAGCAGAAGAACAAGCCCGCUUGCAACGACUCGCCGAAGAACAGAAGAGAAUGGAAGCAACCAGACGUAAGCAGAUGGAAGAAGCUGAAGCAAUGAAAAAGGAAGCUGUUAUUAUGGCGAAAGAGAUAGAGAAGAGACAAAAAGAAUACUUAGAAAAGCAGAAAAUGAGAUCGAAAAUGGAUGGCAUUCGGUCGACGCCGCUGAAGUCGUGCUUGACCGGAGCGUACGCGGUUCAAGAACCCGUGUACAUGGCGGACGGCUUCCAGUAUCUCAACUCAGACUCCGAUGGAGAGACUCCAGCUCACCCGGUUCCCGCAUGGUCCACUUCCAAGGCGCGCCGGUUGCGUCUAUACAUACAGUCGCGCAUCCGCGAGGGGCUGGUGGACCGGCUGUUCUCUGUGCGCGCGCACAGCCCCGACCUGCGCGAGAUCUUCCCCGGCAUCGAGCGCGCCCGCCUCAAGCGCACCUCGUCCGCCGUGUGGCGCACCCCGCCCAGCGCCGACCGCAGGUACAAAUCAUAA